GGCUAGAUGGCUUCAGCUAGGAAUUUAUUGCCAACCAUUAUGUUCCGCUUCUAUAAAAGUGUUAUUCUAGGACCUAACCUAAUAUUCUGAAAUAAUUCGCGAUGAGUUUCGACGAUUAUAAAGCAGUGAUAGACGAGGGCGAUACAGUAAUUCUUUAUUUGACGAUAAGCCAGAUCUACAGUAUUCGUGCCGAAGCUAAAACUUUAAGUAAAAAAGGAGUAGAAGUAGAGAAUGUGUUCCAGACGCCUUAUGGGGCUCUCAAGUGUGCUGAUUUGAUAGGGAAGCCCUACGGUUCAAAGAUCACUCUGAGUAAAGGUUGGGGCUACGUGAUGCAGCCCACCCCCGAAUUGUGGACCCAAACCCUGCCCCAUCGAACCCAAAUAAUCUACACGCCUGAUAUCAGCAUGAUUAUCCUUCAGCUGGAAAUUGCUCCUGGUAGUAUCGUUGUGGAGAGUGGUACCGGGAGUGGCUCCCUGUCCCAUGCCCUAAUCCGAGCUGUGAAACCAACCGGACACUUGUACACUUUUGAUUUCCAUAAAAACAGAGUAGAACUAGUCCGAGAAGAAUUCGCCCAGCAUGGCUUAAGUGACUAUGUCACCGUCAGUCAACGGGACGUUUGCUCCAGUGGAUUUGGGGAUGAGUUAGAGAAUAAAGCGGAUUCAGUGUUUCUAGAUUUGCCACAUCCUUGGCAAGCAAUACCACACACUUUGAACGUAAUCAAAGAAACAGGGGGGCGCAUUUGCUCAUUUUCGCCGUGUAUUGAACAAGUACAAAAGAGUUGUGAGGUUUUGUCAAAAUUAGGGUUUCAAGAAAUACAGACAAUGGAAGUUUUGCAAACUUCCUACUCUGUGCAGACAAGGAAAUUGCCGGUGCUUGAUUUGGAUUUCCUUAAAAGUGAAAAGGAUGGAACGGAGACAAAGGGUAAAGAGAGGGAAGUUGUGAAGUGUGUUACGGCUGUUCCACCUGCAAGUAUGCCGGGACAUACGGGCUAUCUAACGUUCGCCUCGUUGCCCCCCGUCUGGGCAAGGAGUCUCCAAAUCAGCCUAAAUCAGGCCCAAGAAGACAAUUCCCCCGAUUUAUAAAACAUACCUAUUUUAUUUAUUUUAAGGACACGUAUUUGUAGUAUUUUAAUUUUUAAUAAAGUUUUUUUACUGUGA